CUUCACUCUACUCUCCUCCCCAUUCACUGUCACAGUUAAAGCCAUUCCGCGCUCUGACUCGCGCCCUGUCUCUUCCCCAUCCCACCACCAACGACACCAAACAACACGCCAAAAUGUCUGACCAGCUCGCUCCCAUCAACGUCGGCCUCAUGGGCACCGGCGAGUACACCACUGGCAUCACGCCCUCGGGACAGUCCAAGUCGGACAAGAAGAUCGGCGUUGUCGGCGUCACCAUGUUCGACCUCCGCCGCCGCGGCAAGGUCGGAGAGGUGAUCAUGGCCGGCACCAACGGCGGCAAGUUCCCCGAGAUCCGCGAGCACUUCCAGAAGAACAUUGGCGACGUCUACAAGGGCCUCGACCUCACCUUCCGUGGCUUCCCCGAGCAGGGUGUCCGCAACGCUGAGGCGUACAAGGAUGCUCUCCGUGCCCUCCCCAAGGGCUCGGCCGUCAUCAUCUUCACCCCCGACUCGACCCACUUCCCCAUCGCCAGCGAGGCCCUCAACCUCGGCCACCACGUGCUUGUCACCAAGCCUGCUACCCAGAAGCUUGAGGACCACCAGAAGCUUGUCGACCUCGCCGCUGAGAAGGGCCUUGUCUGCAUGGUCGAGCACCACAAGCGCUUUGACCCCGCUUACAACGACGCUCGUGCACGUGCCCAGAAGAUUGGCGACUUCAACUUCUACUCGUCGUACAUGUCGCAGCCCAAGUUCCAGCUCGAGACCUUCAAGUCGUGGGCUGGUAUCGACUCGGACAUCUCGUACUACCUCAACUCGCACCACAUUGACAUUCACGCCUGGAUGGUCCAGGGCAAGUACCGCCCCACCAAGGUGACCGCCUCGGGCACCAAGGGUAUUGCGACCGACAUGGGCUGCGACCCCCGCACCGAGGACACCAUCACCCUGCUUGUUGACUGGGUCAACAUCAAGGACGAGUCCAAGCGCGGAACGGCCGUUUACACUGCUUCGUGGGCCGCUCCCCUCAAGGCCGGUGUUCACUCGGAGCAGCGCUUCCACUACAUGGCGAGCAAGGGCGAGGUCCGUGUCGACCAGGCUCACCGUGGAUACUCGAUUGUCGAGGACGACAUUGGCAAGGUUGACUACAACCCCUUCUACGUCAAGUACUCUCCUGACGAGAACGGCUUCUUCGACGGCCAGCGCGGCUACGGCUAUCUUUCGCUCGAGAAGUUCAUCGACGCCGCCCGCCAGGUCACUGCCGGUACUGCCAAGGCCGCCGACUUUGAGGACAAGGGAUUGCCCACCAUCAAGGACACUGUCCUCACCACCGCCAUCCUGCACGCUGGCCGCGUGUCUCUUGACGAGAAGAGGAGUGUCGAGAUUGUCGAGGAGGGCGGCAAGUACCGUCUUGUGUAGGAGUGCAUUCUAGGACAGCUUUGUAAUGUAUGGCAGUGGUUUGUGAAC